UCGGACAAGGACAUCGUUAUUGUUGCUACUGCAACUUCGCUGAUCGAUGCCAAUGCUGCACACCAAGAUAUAUGUCGACUCGAGAUCAUAUGUUAUGGAGCAGGUCAAGCAAUGGCGGAGCAUGCUUUUGAAGAAGUUGGUUACCCAUGUCACCAUUGUCGUCGAGAAGGACCAGAAAGUUCCUGGUGGGAUGCUGAAAAGCUGCUCCAAGUUUGAAGAUCUUGUGCUGUCGUUCCGUGGGCGAUACACCACUACCAACUUCAUGGAGGUGUUUUACUUCGUUCACCGAUAUGUCGACAUUCCCUCCUCUACUGCCCUGGGGCAGUAUUACUGCUGUGAGCUGUACGCUCAUAUAUGUGCAAAGGGCAAGCUGAUGAUGGAUUGGGAGGCCAAAAAGGGACGCGCUGUGGAUGACAAAAUCUCGAGGAGUAAACUGGUUGAAUUUAUGUCCCAGUUCCCCCUCAUCGAGAGGUUCGACGAGCUGAAGAAAGAGGACUUCCACGAGCUUUUCAACAAGACCAUCCUGAAUGACGACAAGAUCCGACCGAAAAUUUCCACCCUCCAGGCCGGUGUUGAUUAUUUCCUUGGCGCACCACCCCAGGUAUGUUUACACUGUCGAUGCUUACGACAACCCCCCUCCCCAUGUUCUUGAGGUCUCUUUCUGUG